UUAGCUGCUGCUAGAAGCAAGCCGUUAAUUUACGCCAUCAAUCCAUGUACAAAUUCUUGUAGAUACUUGCCCACAUAAUGCGGGUGGAGUUCAAAAUUGACAAAAUUUUCACCCCUAUCGUCUACAUUACAUUGCAUUUUAUUUAAAUCGUCAUUUUUAGGUUAUAUAGCAAUGUUAGCAGAUCGUUAUCUGUUCCGACCGUGUCAAGCUUUUUGGUUGCUUCGUAAACUCUUUAAACGUCCAACCGGCAUUAUUAUAGUGUGCUUUACACAAACCAUAAACAUCAGAAUAAUAAACCGGUUAUCGCAUCAAUUCUAUACUCGAGUGCCCGUUAUUAACAGUUGGUUGAAAAUAUUCUGUUAGGAAUGUUCAUCUUUUUGAAAGCUUUUCCGUUCUAUUACCUUAUGAUUGCUGCCGUAGCCAGUCUACAGGUGUCUCACGCAGGCUACAAAUUGUACCAUGUUCGACCCGAAACACGUGCCCAACUGGAAUUAAUUGGCGCUCAACAGGAACUCGAUUUUUGGAGUCAACCUCGACUUAGUCGUUGGUCAUCGGUUAUGGUAAGCCCGAACGAAGAGGAUAGUUUUCUUGCAUUCUUGAGACUACACAACAUCACCUAUGAGCUGCUUAAUCACGAUGUACAAAGUCUAAUUCGCAAGGAACGCGUGGAACAACAACAGAAGUUACGCAGAAAAAGGGAUACAAACGGAAGGCAUAAGUCUGUGCAAUUCGAUCAUUUCUGGGAGCUAGAGGAAAUAUACGAGUACCUGGAUUAUUUGGCGAAGCUGUACCCGGACAAGGUGCGUGUGAAAAACUACGGUACAACCUAUGAGGGCCGGCCAAUUAAGGUCAUCACUGUUUCCAACAAAGGCGAGGUUAAACAAAACCGUCCAAUUGUUUUGAUCGACGGAGGAAUCCAUGCUCGUGAGUGGGCGGGUCACAUGUCAGUUGUGUAUCUGAUCCAUCAAUUGGUUGAAAGCUCUUCGGCGAAUACCAACCUGUUAAACAAUACCGAUUGGGUAAUAAUGCCAGUUGCUAACCCAGAUGGGUACGUCUAUACACACCGGACAAAUCGUUUGUGGCGAAAGAACCGAGCUCCGGCGAAUACCCUUUGUCAAGGUGUUGAUCUGAACAGAAAUUUUCCGUUUCGUUGGUCGUUCAACGGUGGGGAAUGCAGUAACGGAUAUGCAGGUUCCACGCCUGCUUCGGAGCUAGAAACGCGCGCUCUUAUGCUACUAAUGGCAAGUUACGCUACAGCUACCAAAGUUUAUCUGGCGGUACACUCAUGCGGUGACUACAUUCUAUACCCGUAUGGGUAUGAUUACGUGCUCGCAGCAAAUGCUGCUGAAUUGCAGGAACUGGGCGAAAAGGCAGCACGUGCUGUCGAAGCAAUUGGCGGACCUAAGUAUGGAGUGGGUAGUGCUUCCUUCCUGGUUUAUCCGGCCAACGGCAGCGACGAUUUUAUGUACGGUAGCGUUGGUGUAAACUUCUCGUUCACGCUGGAGUUAUCUUGUGGUGCCUUUGGCGAUGGGUUUAUAAUUGAUUCAAACGAAACGCAGAAGAUCACGAAAGAAGCGUUCGAAAUGUUUAAAGUGUUUGGAGUGUUUGCGGGAAGCCAAGUUAUCGAAGAUACCAGCUGUAUUUGGUGCGUCCGGAAACACGCGAGCAGCUGGGAAAGUUACGCGAUUUAGCAGAAAAAGAUGAUUAUGACUUUUGGGACAUGCCACGUUUGAAGCGCGAUGCACGAGUAAUGGUCAGCCACUAUGACGAGAGCAGAUUUGAACAGUUCUUAGAACGAAACGACAUACACUAUGAUCUAGUUAUGGA